UACUUUUCUACCAUAACCUUGGAACUUCGAUCUUUUUUUUCGUCUUUCGCAUUUUACUUCACUAUUCGCUACCCUACCUAUUUCCAAAGGUAGAGACGCUCUCGUCGCAACCAUUAUCGCCAUGAAAGUCACUAAUCAAGGCGAUGUGUCCGUGUACACAAUAGCCGGCGCUAACACUGCGCGUCCUCUUCCAGACUGGUUGGCGCGUCGCCGAAAACGUAGUCUAAAAUCGGAUCCCGAGUAUCAGAACCGAAUAGAGCUACUUCAAGACUUUGAAUUUGAGGAAGCUAGCCAAUGCAUCAGAGUCUCAGAAGACAAUGACUGGAUUAUGUCAACUGGAACAUACAAGCCACAGUUCCAUGUCCAUUAUCUUCCUCACCUCGCAUUAUCCUAUUCAAGACAUACGAAAUCUCUCAAUACGACCUUCCUUCUCCUCUCGACCGACUACUCCAAGUCUCUACACCUACAAAGCGAUAGAAAACUUGAAUUCCACACCCCGGCUGGUUGCCACUAUGAACUACGUCUGCCUAGGUACGGAAGAGAUCUGGUCUAUGAUCGCCAUGCUACUGAAGCCUUAGUUCCCUCGGUGGGUUUGGAUUCUGAUGGUAACGGAGAAGUGUUUCGGAUGAAUCUUGAAAUCGGGAGGUUCAUGAAAUCAUAUCAAGUCGACGUUGGUACCGACGACGGCGUUGAAACUGGACUGCAGGGAAGCAUUGGUGUUGGAAGUGUUAAUACCGCGGCAGUUGCUGAAAACAGCCACAAUUUACUUGCUUUUGGUACUUCGAUCGGCUCAGUCGAAUUCUGGGACUCACGAUCCAAGUCACGGGUUGCUAUUCUUGGGGGCCAGGAUGGUGAAAUAACCGCCCUUGAUUUUAACCCUUCAGGUCUUUCGCUAGCAACCGGCACGUCGAAUGGCCUUAUCAAACUUUUCGAUUUACGAAGCCCCAAGCCACUGUUACAGAAGGAUCAUGGUCCUGGAUUCCCAAUUAAGAAUCUCAUUCACCUGACAACUUCUUCACAAGAAAAGAAGAUCUUGUCUGCUGACAAGCAGAUGAUCAAGAUUUGGGACGAGCUUGAUGGUGAGACCUGGACCUCGGUCGAGCCAUUGGUUGACAUAAAUUUCGUCACAUGGUGCAAGAACACCGGGAUGAUCCUUACGGCGAACGAAGGCAAACCUCUACACAGUUUCUUCAUACCCCAACUAGGGCCUGCGCCGCGGUGGUGCUCGUUCCUCGACAACAUGGUCGAGGAGAUGGCCGAGGAAAUCAGCACCGAUCAGUACGACAACUUCAAAUUCCUGACAUUACCGGAAUUGAAAUCACUCAGCCUGGCACACUUGAUUGGCAAGACCAACUUAUUGCGUCCUUACAUGCAUGGUUAUUUUGUCGCUUCGAAGUUGUACGACCAAGCUCGUCUAAUCGCCAACCCGUAUGCCGUGGAAGAGGAACGUGCGAAGCGCAUUAAGGAGAAGGUCGAAAAGGAGCGUGCCAGCCGAAUCCGCGGAAAUAAGAAGGUCAAGGUUAACCAGAAAUUGGUCGACAAACUACUCAAACGCCAAGAGAAGAGAGCCCAUGUUGAUACAAAGGCUGGAGUACUCGGCGAUGAACGAUUCAACCGAUUGUUCGAAGACGAGGAGUUUAGGAUUGAUGAGAAUAGCCGCGAGUUCCAGGUUCUAAACCCAAGCACGAGAGUUGACCCAGAAACAGGCGCGAAGACUACAACCGCGGGCGCCCAAUUCUCAGAUGAAAGCGAUGAAGAUUCGAGUGACGUCGAUGACAGCGAGGAUGCAAUAGCCCUUAAGAAGGAUGCGCCAAAGGAGAUGGUAAUGCGUGUUAGGACGUCCAAUCAAAGUGGUGGUCGUGUAUCCAAAGACACCUCCCUAGGAUCCAGGACCCAAAAGUCGGGCAGGAUCAGCAAAGUUCGAAACGGUGAAAUAGUUGGAGAGAGACAGGUCACAUUCGUCCCAGAGUCGAGAAAGAAAAAGAUAGAUGACGAGGCUCCUAAGACGCAAACGAAAGAUCGACGAACAGACUCAAGACGGAGCGCUAGUACUAAUACCUUCAGGCGGCUUUGAUACCCAACAAAAUGCUAGCGAUAAUUGAUAUUGAUACAUAUCCAGAAGGCAAUAGGCUUUGCUUCCCCCAACUCCGUGCUCC